AUGGCAAAGCGCUGCCUGAUGCAGUUCCCGCCACCACAUUCCCACUGUCACCACCACGGUGUCCCAGCUGAAUGUCACCACCCAUCAGGGCAGGAUGGGGACAUUACUCAGCUGGUGACAACUGGCCCGGAAGUGGCCAUCAAGCGAGUGUCCCAGGAGCGCAUCUCAGAGUGGGCACGGAUGGUGAGUGAGCGGGGCCAGUGGGAGGAGCCGGCGGAGUGUGCCGGGCGAGGUCCGGCAGGGCGGCAGCGAGGGCAGCGAGCGUGGAGUGAGUGGAGGCCGCGCAGCGCCCCGGGCCAGGUCAUGGCGAGCCACAGUGGGGCCGGGCAGGGGCUGCCCGAGGCACAGUGCAGCAUCAGCCCCGCUGACGGCAUCGCGGUCCCCCCACAGCACAAGGGCACCCUUGUGCCCCUGAAGCCGGCGCUGCUGUGGAAGGUGUUGCGGCCUGGCUUCUGCAGCGUCAUGCAGCUCCUGGACUGGUUCGAGGUGCCCGAGGCCUUCGCGCUGCUCAUGGAGCGUCUGCAGCGCUGUCAGCACCUCUGGUACUUCCUGCACGAGCGGCAGUUCCUGACAGAGCCCGUGGCGCGGGGACUGUUUUGCCAGGUGUUGGAGGCUGUGCGGUGCUGCAGUAGCCGCAGUGUCCUGUGCCACCACAUCAAGGCCGAGAACGCCCUCAUCGACCUGGCCACGGGUGAGGCGAAACUCCUGAACUUUGGCUGCAGCACGAUCCUCCAGGACACGUUCUACACCCAGAUGUCAGGAACAUCAGAGUACAGCCCACCGGAGUGGAUCCUCUUUGGCUGCUACCAUGGCCAGCCAGCCACCAUCUGGUCCCUGGGCAUUCUGCUCUGUGAGCUGGUCUGCGGGCACCUUCCUUUCCACACCAACGAGGACAUCGUCCAGGGCCAGCUCUUCUUCCCAGCACGGGUGUCUCAAGAGUGCCAGCACCUCAUCAGGUGGUGUUUAUGCAUGGACCCCACAGACAGGCCAUCACUGGAGGACCUUUUUGAGCAUUCUUGGCUACAGGAGCCCUGCCUGGCCCAGGAGGCAGCAGAGAUGCAUCCCUGUGCACACUGUGGAGGGAGCGGCUCCAUGCUGCUCGUCCCAUUGGAGAAGUGGUGGCAGUGCGAUGAAGGUGCCACGGACUGGGACAGUGGAAACAUCCCCCUGCAGCUCAAUGGCAUCGUGAUGUCCUCGCAAGCCGAGAAAUCCCCAAUUUCCCCUCAGACCCGCCCCAAACCCCCUCAGCUUCCCCUGGGCCCCACCUCAGCUGCUGUCCCCUCAGAAACGCCCACCUCCGCCACGUGCGCGGGCUGCCAACAAUAG